AACUAUGUAAAAAAAUAAAUCUGACAUAGUUUUGUUGGCUUCUGUGGUGAAAAGCUGGACAAAAUCUCUUGCCAUUUCCAGCAGGAUGGGGUGGUUGGGGCUGUUCUUUAGGUAAUUAAUACUGUUUCACUGAUAUUUUGGUAGCUACUGCAACAGGAGGGGCACAGCUGCCUCCAUGAACACGAGACUUGUUUGAGCUCACAGAGGAAACGCUGCUGCUGCGCUGAGAGUGAACACAAGAGUGAAUGAAAAAUGUUUGUAUAGUAAUUACAUCCUCUUAGUUUCGUAACUCAAACCCUCUUACAUAAAUGCCAGCACAUUUGGUUUGAAACCGGAACAAGUGAGGGCAUUUUGGGGCUUCCUGGAGCUCCUGUGUGUGUGUUUGUGACACAGGAGUGUCACUCUGGCAUCCUCUGCUCACAGCUCUGUGUCCCCAUUGUGCCUGUGGCUUUAUCAGGGCACCAUCUCAAUGGCAUCUGCAGAGGAAAUGAUAAUUGUCAUCUGCUGCCUUUUCAAGGUCAGUUGGUGGACGGAUCCUCGAGGGUUUGGAUUGCUGGGAGCACCUGAAUAGGGACGCAGGAUCAAAUCACUUUGUGGAACUUCUUUUCUGCUCACAGUUCCUAUUGCUGACACUGUUCCUUCCUCCUGAGCAGGGAUUUGGGGAGAUAAAAUGGAGCCUUCCCCGUUCAAUAGAAGGCAAUGGACCUCUCAGUCUUUGAAAAUCACUGCAAAAGAGCUUUCCCUGGUCAACAAGAGCAAGUCCUCGGCCCUGGCGGAGAGGUUCUCCAAGUAUCAGAAAGCUGCUGAAGAAGCCACUGCUGAGAAGAAGAGAAGUAACGCAGAAAACCUGUCCGCUCACUUGAGCAGGGGGAAUCUGAGCGUGCUGAAGAAGAAGUGGGAGAAUCCUGUGCUGGCAGCGGAGUGUGGCAGGGAAGCGAUCCGGAGUGAGCUGAGACACAAAGUGGGGAGCGGCCGCUGCCCUUCGCCAUCCCCGGGGGCUGGAGCUGCCCCUGUGUGUCCCGCUGGUGACACACAGCCACACAGCCCAUCCCGGGACAGCAUGCAAAACUGCUGGGACAUGGAAAAGCCCGAAGCCAGCGAGAGGUCGGAGUCUCCGGCGAGGAUCGAGAAGUACAACGUGCCCCUGAGCAAGCUGAAGAUGAUGUUCGAGAAGGGUGAAGCUCCUCAAGCCAAGGGCCCCCGGGAGCCGCGGAGGGCGGCCGUGGGCAGGAGGAUUUCGGAGAACAGCCUCUCCUUGGAGGACUGCGAUGCCGCCCAAGGAGAGAGGAGCCACAGCACGGCAGGGUAUCUUGUAGAGACCAGUCCAGGACUCAGCCCAGAGAAGGCAGAGACCAGGAAGAACCUGGACAUGCCCCGUUUAUCGGAGACAUCAAUAAAGGACAGGCUGGCCAAGUACCAGGCAGCUGUGUCCAAGCAGGGCACUUCCUCUGGCCUCAUUCCCAUGAGUGAGAUUCAAGCCAGUGAGAGUGAAGUCAAGAAUUACAAAUCUGGGCAGAAGGAGAAUAUGGCACCAAUUGAGGACUCCAAUUCCUGUCAGGAUGGGGAGAAGAUUGACUCUGAAUUACAAGACAGCAAGUGGCUGUGGAAGAGAAUGUAUAGAGAUGAGUUUUCUGGGAGAGGUUUUUCUGUCUUGGUUUCUGUAGGUGAGAACAGCUUGUCUUUGCACUCUGGUCUGCUGGAGGAUGGCCACGUUGGACAAUCAGAGAGCGAGGCAGAAGCUCAGAAACCGAUCAUCUCAAAGCAGCAGAACCUUGGUGCUAAAGCAGCUGGGCAGACAGAGGCCUCCCCACCGAAAGCCGUGAAGAAAUUCCAGUUGCCAAUGAAGGAAACCUGUGUUGGGUGUCAGAAGACCGUGUACCCCAUGGAAAGGCUCUUUGCCAACCAGCAGGUGUUUCACAUCAGCUGCUUCCGCUGUUCCUAUUGCAACAGCAAACUCAGCCUCGGGACGUACGCGUCUCUGCGUGGGAACAUCUACUGCAAGCCUCACUUCAAUCAGCUCUUCAAGUCCAAAGGCAAUUAUGAUGAGGGCUUUGGACACAAGCAGCAUAAGGAAUUGUGGGCAGGUAAAACUGAAGGUGAAGAAUCCCCAGAGAAAACAGUCCAUGGUGUGAAUGCAGCAGAAACUCCACAAAGCCCAGGAGUAGAGGAUGCCCCGAUUGCAAAAGUGGGAGUUCUGGCAGCAAGUAUGGAAGCAAAAGCUUCAGCUGUGCCUGAAAGAGAAGAAAGACCUGCAGAAACAAAAAAGCUCAGGAUUGCCUGGCCACCUCCAUCUGACCAAAGUAUCCAAGGAAGUGCCUUAGAUGAGGGCAUCAAAGUACUCAAACCCAAGUGGCCUCCAGAGGAAGAGAUUUCCAAGCCAGAUGUGCAGGAAGAUGUGGAUCUGGAUCUCAAAAAGUUAAGAAGAUCUUCCUCGCUGAAGGAGCGAAGUCGCCCCUUUACAGUCGCAGCCUCAUUUAGAACAGUAUCUGUUAAAGGCCAUAAAACAGAGAAUUCUCCAUCUCCCUCUAAGGAAGAGAGAGACACCUUGAAAAGGAGUGAGGAACUGGAGAGAGAGGUUGUCGUAGAGAAAAAACAAAAAGAAAAGAGGGUUAAGCAUAGGAACAUCCAGAAUGCCGGGGAGAAAAAUGUGGAGGAAGAAGGGGAAUUGUCUGGUAAUAAAACAGAGCACAGUGUUGUAGAGAAUGGCCAGAUGAAUGCAGACACAGAUGAGGAAGAACACACUACAGAGGAGCGAGAAAUUCCAAAGGAAGAACUCCUUGAACCAAAUUCUCCUAAACAUUCCAGCUUAGCUAAUGUUGUGACCGCCAAGGAAUCGUCUCCAAACCAGAAUCGUAAAUCCCAAGAUGUUGGUUUUUGGGAGGGUGAAGACAUGGAAGAUCUAUCUGUGGAAGAACAGAUCAAAAGGAAUCGCUACUAUGAAGAUGAUGAUGAUGAUGAAUAAAUUGGCCUUUUACUAAAAAACUUGCUGCAAGGUGCUGGGCCUUUUGAAAUGGGUAUUUUUAGCUUUAACAAACAGCUCUCCUGGAGGAAGUGAUGCUGCACUGCACAUCAGCAUUAAGGGAAUCUACAUACAAAUUAUCUCAGCUAGAAAACUCUGGAAGCCUGCAAAUUCUUUAGGUGCAUGGAGCAAAUGUCUGGCUGUGGGAUGGCUUCAGCAGGUAGUGUCUGUCCCCAGCACGAGAACAGAGCUGUUCUCUACUGUCUUUUCCCUUUGAGCUUCAGUAGGUAUUUCACUAACAAUUUAUGGAAUUCCACUGUACUUGCCGUGCUGGUGUGGGACAGGGCCUCUAGAACACACCACCCAUACCACUACAAAUGCUACUGCAGUGCUUAGGGACCAACUUCAAAGGGACUUUCUGGCCUGCUUUAAAAUGGUCACUUAAUGCACUUUAAUACAUGGAAAGGGCACAACUGGGCUUCUUAUUUUUAAUAAUAAAAGUAUUUCUGUGUGUAGUGUCCAACAACUAAAGCAUCCUAAACUGAGUGCAGUGUGAAUUUCUGUCUCAAACUUGCCUGUGAUCAGUUGAGGAGUCCCUGCACAACUGGAAUGGUGCCCGUUGCUGGACCAUGUGUAUUUCAGUGCUAUCCCAGGAGCUGUGCUGGCUGCCAGGUCUCUGCAAAAGACAAGUGAAAACUUUGGAGCAGCCUGCAGGGCAUUACUUCUGCAUUUCACAGGCAUUUGAAGUGGAGUUUGUUUUGUUUUGUUGUCAUUUCUUUUUUUACUUGGAGUUCUUCGUUAUCAUUUUAAACUGCAGAUAAGAUUUUUAAGGCCUUUUGACAACUCUGAAAUCCUACUUUUAUCAAGCUGCCAUAAAUCUUUUCCUUACAGCUGUGAAAUUGUGCUGCAUUGCAAAAAUCUCUGGAAUCAGUGACACUUUCCGAUUGCCAGUGUUGAAGAUCAGAACGUUUUUUAACUUGACUUCAUUUCUUUUACAAAUAAUAAAAUCUUGAAUGGGGGAGGAGGAGGAGGCCCUUUUUUUUAUUAGCUUUUAUUUGUACUGUAUUCUCAAGAGAAUUAGAUCUUCAUGAUUCUUGAGGUGUAAAAUAUUCUGCUUUCUUAACAGUUCUGCUAACGACAAAACCUUCAAUAAAGUUUGGAUCAUUUCCAUUAAAA